GUUGGGACCGGUUCCGUUGGGACCGUCCUCGGUUCCGUUGGGACCGUCCCCGGUUCCGUUGGGACCGGUUCCGGUGGGACCGUCCCCGUCCCCGUUGGGACCGUCCCGGUUCCGGUGGGACCGUCCCCGUUGGGACCGUCCCCCGUCCCCGUUGGGACUGUCCUCGGUUCCGUUGGGACCGUCCCCGUUGGGACCGUCCCCGUCCCCGUUGGGACCGUCCCGGUUCCGUUUAAGUCUCUCUGUUUUGGCUGCCUGUGGGUUUUUCCUCCCUAAUCGUCGCCUUGCAGGCAGCUGUACUGCAGAUACAGUCCGGUUUCCAUGGAAACGGGGUGGGAACAAAAGCCAGUCCUGGGAAAAGUAAUCACUGAAUGUGCAAACUGGGUCAUAAAUCAGCUCUGGGUUCAUUCAGCCUGGAUGGGAGGUUCUGACGGGUUUGAACCGGACCAUCGGAGGUUCUGACGGGUCGAAACCGUCACAUGGGCUAGCGAUGAGUUCAGGAACCUGAAGGGUGGUGAGGAGGUUUGCUGUUUUUUGGCGGAUCAGUAAAACGCUUCCGACUAAAAUUGAUCCAGAGAGAACCGACAUUCCGGGAUCAAUAACUGAUCAGCAGCGUUGAACUAGAGGUUCAGUCUCUUCGCUGUUAUGUUUCUGUGGAAGAAAAACUUCAACACUAAAUUAGAUACCAGUAGGAAGUGAGGGAAAGUUUGGUGGAAGGAAAACACCAAGAGGGAAUCAAGAUUUCUCAGGCCAAAGGAAAAGAGCUGCUGGGAGUUUAGGUUCUGGUGUUCAUCACACCUGGAUGGCUCUGGUUCUGGUUGUUUCCCUGAUGUGUGUGUGUGUGUGCGUGUGUGUGUGUGUGUGUGUGUGUGUGUGUGUGUGUUCCAGCUGAGCGUCGCUGUGCCGCAUGAUGAACGGAUUCAAUCCUCCAGCUCCGAACGUCUUCAGCUCCAACAUCAAUGGACCCGGCGCUCCGUCUCCAGAUCCUCCCAGGAAUAAAGCCAAGAGUGGUGCCAAAGCUCUGUAUGAACAAAGGAAGAACUUCUCCAGAAGCAGCAUCAACAGCCUGACGGACACGUCGCAGUACCAGGUGGAGCACCUCACCACGUUCGUUUUGGACCGGAAAGAUGGGAUGAUCACGGUGGACGACGGCGUGCGGCGGCUGCGCCUGCUGGACGCCAAGGGGAAGGUGUGGACGCAGGAAAUUCUACUGCAGGUGGAGGACAAGGCGGUCAGCCUCAUCGACCUGGAGUCACAGAACGAGUUGGAGAACUUCCCCAUGGGCUCCAUCCAGCACUGCCAGGCGGUGAUGAACGCCUGCAGCUACGACUCCAUCUUGGCGCUGGUUUGCAAAGACUCGGGUCAGAGCAAGGCGGAUCUGCACCUGUUCCAGUGCGACGACAUCAAGGCGAAUCUGAUUCACCUGGACAUAGAAAGUGCCAUGAUCGAUGCCAAAGGGGGCAAAGUAAAGAAACGACCUGAGACGCUGAAGAUGAUCCUGAAGAGCGACGGCAUGAUCCCGCCUCCACCCACGACCCCCGCCCCCGAGGCGCCAGCCUCAUCCAAUCAGGACAACAGGGGGCGGGUCGCCGCCUGGUCAGCAUGGGCCAAUGAACAGCAGCACUGCGAGCAGCAGCAGCCGUCGCAGGACGACGGCGCGGCGGACGUGUCAGCGCUACGGGUGGACCGGGAUGUGCAAAUCCUGAACCACAUCCUGGACGACGUGGAGUUCUUUGUGACGAAACUGCAGAAGGCAGCUGAGGCGUUCAGCGAGCUGAGCAGGAGGAAGAAGGGCAAGAAGGGCAAGAAGAAAGGGCCGGGAGAGGGCGUCCUGUCCCUGAGGGCCAAGCCUCCCAGUGAAGAAGAGUUUGUGGACUGCCUGCAGAAAUUCAAACAUGCUUUCAACCAGCUGGCAAAGCUGAAGGACCACAUUCAGAACCCUAGUGCCGUGGAUCUGGUCCAUUUCCUGUUUACCCCGCUCAGGAUGGUGGUCCAGGCGUCCGGCGGUACCGAGCUGGCCCGCAGCGUCCUGGUUCCGCUGCUCAGCAGAGACGCCAUCGAGUUCCUCCACGCCGCAGGAACGGCUGAAGAGCGCCACCUGUGGGUGACUCUGGGCGACGGCUGGACCAAGUGCAGGCUGGAGUGGCCAAAGGACCACUACUUCCCCCAGGUGGCGCUGCGGUUCCGGGACGGCUGGGAGCCCCCUGCGGUUCCGGCUGUGGCCCCGAAUCGGGAGCAGGAACUCCUGCAGCUGGCCGAGAGCCUGGUGAACGCCGACGCCCGCGGCGCGGCCGACCUGCGGCCGUGUUUGGAGGGGGCACUGCAGCGGUUUCCUCUGGCUGACGGGUACGCUCUCCAUAACUCCGCCCACAAACGCUUCCAGGUCCUGGACCAGAACACGGCCGUGGCUGCUUUCAAACACGCCGUCAGCCGCCGUGUGGACCGGACUUUGGACCCUCAGAUCCAAUUGGAUCAGAACCUCUUUGCCAAAUCAAAGUACGACUUUGUGGCGAGGAACAACACGGAGCUGUCGGUCCUGAAAGACGAACUCCUUGAGGUUCUUGAUGACCGGAAGCAGUGGUGGAAGGUCCGGAACGGCGCUGGCGCUGCCGGCUACGUUCCAAACAACAUCCUGGAGCUGACCAGAACCUCGGAUCUGACCGGCCGUGGAGACCCGGUCUACAGCCAUACCAUCCAGCUCAUGAUGCCUAAGAAGGAGUUUGAGUUGUUUAAGCAGCAGUUACUGGGAGAGUUAAACGAGAAACAGACCACAAAGUCGGACACACCUCCAGGUAAACCUCAGAUGUCCGAGGUCCCGUCGCCGCCCGCCCCCAACCGGCUCCCCACGCCGCCACUUCCUCCACCCGCCGCAGAACCUGGGAAACCGAGCAGCAUCACGCUCAGCCGCAACAACAGCAGCACAUCAAGCGACGCCGGCGGCACCGCCGCAAGGGAGCCGGGUGCACAGAGAGCCACUGCCGCCGCAGGACGCAGAAAGUCCAAUAUGGAGGAGGUCCAGGACGAGCUGGUUCACCGACUGACUUUGGGUCGGAGCGCCCAGAAAAAGUUUCAGGUUCCGUCUCAGAGCAACAGCGGCAACCUGCCGGCUCCAGGAAUCACCUAUGACUCUCCGCCAGACGAAGUGAAGGCCUGGUUGGAGGCUAAGGGCUUCAGCCCAGUGACGAUCAGCAGCCUGGGCGUUCUGACCGGAGCCCAGCUGUUCUCCCUCAACAAGGAGGAGCUGAAGACGGUUUGUCCCGACGACGGGGGACGGGUCUUCAGCCAGGUGACGGUCCAGAAGGCGGCGCUGGAGGACAGUUCAGGCUCUGAGCUGCAGGAGAUCAUGAGGAGGCGGCAGGAGAAACUGGCAGCCAGCACCGUCGACUCGGGGGUGGAGUCUUUCGACGAAGGCAGCACCCACUGAGCGUCCGCCGUCUGUCUCUCCUGCUCUCCACCCUCAGGCGGCGGCCGACCGAGCCGAGUUCGUGGAGAUCAUGCGGCGCAGACAGGAACUGCUCAGCUCAUCGCCGUAGCAAUGGAUGGACAUCCAGAAAUCACAGAACCUUCUGCCAUGUUUGCCUGAUCUUCACAGGGACGUUCUGCUACUUGUAGCUGAUUUUUCCAAAGCGAAGCCUCACAGUAUUAAUGUCGGAGCGCCUGCAGGCAGCUCUCUGUGCCUCUCAGUUUGAUUCUCAUUCCUGGAAGGCAGAAAAACGUUGAUGCAUAAAUACCUCUGAUUGGUACUUCAAGCAGAAUAUGAAGAGUUCUGCUCAUAUCUUCAUCUGUGCAUGAAAGCUGGAUUUAUUUCUGAGAAUCAUAAAGUUUAGUUUAUAUGAUUAAGAUCUGGAAUAUUCUAGUUCUAGACCAAAUGGGAUAAAAAUCUAAGAUGAGCACAAACUGAAGCUGCUGAGUUAAUAAACGCAGACUGAUCCGUUUGACCAACAAGCCUGAGAACGGCAACUUCCUGAUCCAUUCUGAGGCUUUUAAUCUGAAGGACCAUAUUAAUGAUUAAUGGAAGAUCAAACUGCUGUAAACACAUUAAUUCUAGAUUUGCUGAUCUGAAUGUAGACGACCUGCUGAGUUUCACUGACUCUUCUCCAGGCUCCGCCCACAUGUACGGGGAGACGUCCCACCGGUCCGGCUGGCGCCAGUACCAAUGUAGCCGGUACCAAUGUAGCCGGUACCAAUGUAGCCGGUACCAAUGUAGCCGGUACCAAUGUAGCCGGUACCAAUGUGAAAACUUCUGCUGCAAGGAGAAGAAGUUGGGCUGUGAAUUGAGGCGCUGCAGCGCUGUGAUGACUGAUGAACCUGAGCUUCUUUGCUUUAAACAUGAUUAGAGGUGUUUGUAUCUAAUCAGGUGUAGUGGCCAAUCAGAAAGCAGCGUUAGUAGUUUUCAUCGUGCCUUUUUCCAUGUAUCUGCUCAUUCUGCAAUAAAGGAUUUCCAUAAAUCCCUGA